GUUCCGCUGAGAAUCAUUUCCUUCCCCGAAACCAAUCCCAGUACGUGUCCUACAAAUUCACCCCUCGCAUCGAGAUCUCUCUCGCAGACACAGUCUCUAUCUCUCUCUCUUUUAAGUCUCUGUCGUUUUGCAUAUAAUUCGAUCGGAAACGCUUGAAGGGGGGAGUUUUGAGUUUUUGCAGAGUCUCUGAGAUCUUGAUCGAAGAGCACAAAAAUGCCGGCGGUCUACGGAUCUCGAUUGACUACCUUCGAAGAUGCCGAGAAGGAGAGUGAGUACGGUUACGUCCGCAAGGUAUCUGGACCAGUCGUCAUUGCAGAUGGCAUGGCAGGGGCUGCAAUGUAUGAGCUGGUCCGUGUUGGACACGAUAAUCUUAUUGGUGAGAUUAUUCGGUUGGAAGGAGAUUCUGCUACAAUCCAAGUUUAUGAGGAAACAGCUGGCUUGACGGUAAAUGACCCUGUGCUACGAACACACAAGCCUCUAUCAGUGGAGUUGGGACCUGGAAUAUUGGGAAAUAUUUUUGAUGGCAUUCAGAGGCCUUUGAAAACUAUUGCAAAAAUAUCUGGUGAUGUCUAUAUCCCUCGCGGAGUCUCUGUCCCUGCUCUUGACAAAGAUAUACUUUGGGAGUUUCAGCCUAAAAAACUAGGUGAGGGAGAUCUUCUCACAGGUGGAGACUUGUAUGCUACCGUCUUUGAGAACAGUCUAAUGCAACAUCAUGUUGCACUUCCUCCUGACGCAAUGGGAAAAAUUUCUUUCAUUGCAGCACCUGGUCAAUAUUCAUUGAAGGAUACUGUCUUAGAGCUUGAGUUCCAAGGUGUCAAAAAGAAAUUUACCAUGCUUCAGACUUGGCCUGUACGUACACCACGACCUGUUGCGUCAAAACUUGCUGCUGAUACCCCUCUACUUACUGGGCAGCGUGUUCUUGAUGCCCUUUUUCCUUCAGUUCUUGGCGGGACUUGUGCCAUACCUGGGGCUUUUGGUUGUGGAAAAACAGUCAUUAGUCAAGCACUCUCGAAAUACUCUAAUUCUGAUACCGUAGUUUAUGUUGGUUGUGGGGAACGAGGGAAUGAAAUGGCAGAGGUUCUUAUGGACUUUCCUCAAUUGACAAUGACUUUGCCUGAUGGCCGUGAGGAAUCUGUUAUGAAGCGUACAACACUUGUGGCCAAUACUUCAAACAUGCCAGUGGCAGCUCGUGAGGCUUCAAUUUAUACAGGAAUCACAAUCGCUGAAUAUUUUAGAGACAUGGGCUACAAUGUUAGCAUGAUGGCAGAUUCAACAUCUCGAUGGGCAGAAGCAUUGCGUGAAAUAUCAGGGCGGCUGGCAGAAAUGCCUGCAGAUAGUGGAUAUCCUGCCUACCUUGCAGCACGUUUAGCCUCAUUUUAUGAACGUGCUGGUAAAGUAAAAUGUCUUGGGAGCCCAGAGCGUACUGGUAGUGUUACAAUUGUUGGUGCUGUUUCUCCUCCUGGAGGUGACUUCUCAGAUCCUGUGACAUCUGCAACCCUUAGCAUUGUCCAGGUUUUCUGGGGUCUGGAUAAAAAACUUGCCCAGAGGAAACAUUUUCCUUCUGUAAAUUGGCUUAUUUCCUAUUCAAAGUACUCAUUGGCAUUGGAAUCUUUCUAUGAGCAAUUCGAUCCAGAUUUUAUUAACAUCAGGACAAAGGCCCGUGAGGUGCUGCAGAGAGAAGAUGACCUGAAUGAAAUCGUUCAGCUCGUAGGAAAGGACGCAUUAGCUGAAACAGACAAGAUAACCCUAGAGACUGCUAAGCUUUUGAGGGAAGACUAUCUUGCUCAGAAUGCUUUUACUCCAUAUGACAAAUUCUGCCCAUUCUACAAGUCUGUUUGGAUGAUGCGCAACAUUAUCCACUUUUAUAGUUUGGCCAAUCAGGCAGUGGAGAGAGGAGCUGGUAUGGAUGGUCAAAAGAUAAGUUACAGCCUGAUCAAACAUCGAUUGGGGGAUCUCUUUUACCGUCUAGUGUCUCAAAAAUUCGAGGAUCCGGCAGAAGGAGAAGCUGCUCUUGUGGCCAAAUUUAAGAAGCUGCAUGAGGACCUGUCCAAUGGUUUCCGCAACCUUGAGGAUGAAACUCGGUAAUUAAAAAGUUCUUAAUAGGAAAGAUGUUUUAUAUAGAUGGUCUGAGUGGCGGCGAACUCCAGCAUGACUGACAGCACUUGGAUUAUUGAUUUUGUAUGGUGAAUAACAGUGUUAGGUCUAUGGUUGCCAAUUUCAGUGCUUGUUCGGUAUUUUAUUUUAGGUGGGGUUUGUAAUAAUCUUUUAUUAUGUAUUGCAAUGAUUCUCUUGUGCUAUUUAUUGGUAAUAAGAAAAAGAUACGUUGUUUGUUCU